UCUGUCAAACGUGCACAGUCUGUGUCUGUGCACAAAUAUAUCUCGCGAAAAACAAUACAAACUACGAAUGUAUAUUGAGGAUUUAAGAUAAUUGCGAUGUGAAUCACACUAUGUCACGCGCGCGUGCGCGUUUACACACGAAUGCAAAAACCUCUUAUUGUGUGAUCGCGAUUAUUCUAGUCAAUCAACAUGCUUACAUCACAUAUAUACGAAAGGAUAUUCUAAAAAUACUCAUAUUGGAACAUAUAUGCAUAUAUGCACAAGUCGCACAAAGUUCUGAACAAAGAAACGAGCGAUACGGAUUUUACGUUUCAUCAAGAAUUCUGCUGCACAGAGCAAUUAUUCUUCCAGUGAAUAUUAUAGAGAAAUCAAUGGAUCGUGCUAUCGCAGAGUGGAAACGUUAUAUACUAGUGCAACCGCCUAUGAUGCUACUGAUGCUCGCUAUGUCAAUGUCAGGUGCUAUCUUGACAGAUCUGAUAGUAUACCGUACAUGCAUUAUAACAUUAGAAAUAAACAAGACAGAGUGCCUGAUACUUCAUAAUAAUAGCAGCAGCGAGGAGGCGCUUAGAAUAAAUACAAAAGUACAACCGCAGGCAAGUUUAAUUCUAAUGAGUAAAUCCUUCAUCGAAAGUAUUUUUCCCUCGUUCCUAUCUUUGUUUCUGGGACCAUGGAGUGAUAAGUAUGGAAGGAAACCUGUUAUACUUUCAGGAUAUAUAGGUAUAUCUUUAACUUAUCUUCUGCUCUCUAUGAUAGCUAAUUGGGAGAUCGUGCCUUGGUAUUUUUUGAUAGCUUAUAUUCCUGUGGCUCUCCUGGGUGGUAUAAGUGUGUUAAUGUUAGCUUCAUUUUGUUACAUCACUGACAUAACUGAUAAUAAUGAACGGGCAUGGCAUUUGGCCUGGUUAGAUGCAUUAAUCUCUCUUGGUGUGCUAAUCGGAUUAUUUUCCGGUCCGGCAGUAUAUGAGGCAUAUGGAUACACUGCUGUGUUCAGUGUUGCGACUGUGCUGUGCAUUGUAGCAACAUUGUAUAUAUUACUUUUUAUUCCAGAGACUGUACAGAGUCAUACUUCUGGUAUCGGCGACAUAUUUGAUUUUAUGUUUGUGAAGGAUCUUAUUAACACAUGUAUCAAGAAGAGAGAUGGAUUUAAUAGAUCGUUGGUUUGGAGCUGCUUAGCUUGUCUUACGUUACUUUUAAUUGCCUUUCAAGGUAAUCUUGCUAUUGGAUAUUUAUUUGCGAGUGCGCGGCUUGGUUGGACUGUAGACCAGUUCUCUACUUAUGUAGCUACAAAUGUUCUGGUGGGAAUCCUCGGCACGAUAUUUGGUGUUAAAUUAAUACGAAGAUGCACAGGGUUUUCAGAGGCAGUAGUUGCCAUAAUAUCAGUUAUGUCAUCUCUUUGUACUGCCUUAGUGUGUGCUUUUACAUGGCAAUCCUGGCAUAUGUAUCUGUCAGUAAGUGUUGGUAUAUUUGGUGAUUUAUCUCGACCAAUGAUACGUACUAUAUUAUCCAAAGCAGUACCUGAGAAGGAUACAGGGAAGGUUUUCUCUCUAGCAACAUUUCUAGAGACACUGUUACCAUUUGCUGCAGCUUCUUUAUACACUUUUCUUUAUUCUCACUAUAUGCCACCUUCGUAUCCUCUGCCAGUGUGGUUUUUAUCAGCAGCAUUUUACAUCAUAACAAUUAUAAUAUUGAUAUAUAUUCAGAUACAUAUGAGACACAAUAUUAUAUCUUUCACCCCAAUGAUAGAAGAUAAUGAUUCAACUCAAUGAUAUUUAUCAAGUAAAAUUAAAUAUGAAAAUUAUUUAUUUCAAGAUAAACGAAGUAAUCAGCUAAUAAUGAAAAGAUGAUAUUUUAA